AUGGAUGUGAAGUCGGCCUUCUUGAAUGGUUUCCUCGAAGAAGAAGUUUAUAUCGAGCAACCAUUGGGUUAUGAAGUAAAAGGGCAAGAAGAAAAAGUCUUGAAGUUGAAGAAGGCGUUGUACGGGAACAAUCCAAGCAUGUUUGAAGAGUUCAAGAAAGACAUGUCAAAUGAAUUUGAGAUGACAGACAUGGGGCUCAUGGCGUAUUAUCUCGGCAUCGAAGUAAAGCAAGGAGACAAAGGAAUUUUCAUCACCCAAGAAGGCUAUGCCAAAGAAGUACUUAAUAAAUUCAAGAUGGAUGACGCCAAUCCAGUUAGCACCCCGAUGGAAUGUGGAAGCAAGUUGAGCAAGCAUGAAAAUGGAGAGAUUGUGGAUCCAACCCUUUACAAAAGUUUGGUUGGAAGUUUACGUUACUUGACAUGUACAAGGCCAGAUAUUCUCUAUGCCGUAGGAGUCGUAAGUCGUUACAUGGAAGCUCCAACAACAACUCACUUCAAGGCGGCAAAGAGAAUCCUUCGAUACAUCAAAGGUACAACAAAUUUUGGCUUGCACUAUUACUCUUCUAACAAUUAUGAGAUUGUUGGCUAUAGUGAUAGCGAUUGGAGUGGAGACUUGGAUGAUAGAAAGAGCACUACUGGUUUUGUGUUCUUUAUGGGAGAUACUGCUUUCACUUGGAUGUCAAAGAAGCAACCUAUAGUCACACUAUCAACUUGUGAAGCCGAGUAUGUCGCCGCCACAUCAUGUAUUUGUCAUGCAGUUUGGCUAAGGAACUUGUUGAAAGAGUUAAAGAUGCCACAAAAUGAUCCUAUGGAAAUAUGUGUUGACAAUAAAUCAGCACUUGCUUUAGCAAAGAAUCCUGUAUUUCAUGAAAGAAGUAAGCACAUCGACACACGUUACCACUUCAUAAGAGAAUGCAUAGAGAGAAAGGAGGUGAAGUUGAAGUAUGUGAUGUCUCAAGAUCAAGCUGCUGACAUUUUCCCCAAGCCACUUAAGUUGGAAACAUUCGUGAAGCUAAGGAGUAUGCUUGGAGUCACAAAUCAAGUUUAA